UUGAGCCAAACAGGCGUUCUCAGCUUCCGACUUCUUUUCUCCCCACGUGUGCUGCUGUCGGUGUUCUGCCCAGUAAUUCUCACUGUUGGCGUGGUGCAGCUACAUCGAAGGCUAGAGUGGCAGCGUUGCUGAUGGAGUUUGCUGCUGAAGAUGAAGAAACUCCGGGAGGAGUUCUCCAGAGGGUAGCUGAGGGGGUGCGGCUUAGUCCCGAGUCUGGUAGGGAGGGAGUCCAGGACUUAGCAGGGAAGGAGGAGGCUCGUGGUGGAAAGAAGGGGAAAGGAUUUACAGGAAGGAAGAAGACAGAGAAUGCAGAAGAAGGAAGUGGGCAAAGAGCAGAGGAAAUGUGAAUGGAUCUAACACUUGUGAAGCAAGAAGUCAUGGACUGGUCGGAUACAGAAGGCGGCACGUUGAAUGGCCAGUGGGUAAAGCAGGAGGUGGAGGAGGAUGCACCUGAGGUGAAGGAUGAGAAAGCUGGCAUAUUGGAGUUGAAGCAGGAAGUGGAUAGUAAUUUGGUGGUAAAAGAAGAGAAGGUGGAUAAACUAGGGGUAAAGGAAGAGAAAGUGAAGGUGAAGGAAGAAGUAAUGAACUGGCCAGAAGUGAAGGACGAGAAGGAGGAUAACUUGGAGAUAAAACAGGAGAUGUUUGUCGAUCAGGAAAUAAAAGAGGAGAUGAUGAAUGGAGCCUGUGUGAAAGAGGAGAAAGAUUUUAUGAAGAAAGAAAUGAUGGAAGACACAAAGAUGAAAGAAGAGCCUGAGAUAAAUCCCCCAUUGGGCUGCAAGAGGAAACUGGCCAUGUCAAGGUGUGAAACUUGUGGUACAGAAGAAGCAAAGUACAGAUGUCCACGUUGUAUGCGAUAUUCCUGCAGUUUGCCCUGUGUGAAGAAACACAAAGCAGAACUGGCAUGUAAUGGAGUUCGAGAUAAAACUGCUUAUAUUUCAAUACAACAGUUUACUGAAAUGAAUCUCCUAAGUGAUUACCGCUUCUUAGAAGAUGUGGCAAGAACAGCAGACCAUAUUUCUAGAGAUGUUUUCUUGAAAAGACCAAUAAGUAAUAAACAUAUGUACUUUAUGAAAAAUCGUGCUCGAAGGCAAGGUAUUAACUUAAAACUUCUACCCAAUGGAUUCACCAAGCGGAAAGAGAAUUCAACAUUUUUUGAUAAGAGAAAACAACAGUUUUGUUGGCAUGUAAAGCUCCAGUUUCCUCAAAGUCAAGCUGUGUACAUAGAAAAACGAGUACCAGAUGAUAAAACUAUUAAUGAAAUUCUAAAACCUUACAUUGAUCCUGAAAAGUCUGAUCCUGUAAUUCGUCAAAGGUUGAAAGCCUACAUUCGCUCUCAGACUGGGGUCCAAAUUUUAAUGAAGGUUGAACAUAUGCAACAAAACUUAGUAAGGUAUUAUGAACUGGAUCCUUAUAAAAGUCUCCUAGACAAUUUAAGGAACAAAGUGAUCAUUGAAUACCCAACAUUAUAUGUGGUAUUGAAAGGAUCUAGUAAUGACAUGAAAGUUCUUCACCAAGUGAAAAGUGAAUCUACCAAGAACCUUGGCAGUGAAAAUUGAGAACUUCUUUUGGAAGAAGAAAGUGAAAAUUCCAACAGUUGCAAAGAAUUAUGCAUUGAUGGGCUGUUGGAUAAUUGGGGUAUUAUUAAUGGC